AUGGCCACUGCCCUCUGGCAGCUCGGAAGCCUAAAGCUACAGAUCACGCCUCGCAGUGACAUUGUAGAUCACGAAAACGCCGAAGCGCUUGACUUUCUACCACAAUUGUUAGAAAAGAUGAUUGGCCUGAAGAGCCUUGACCUUGUACUCAUCACCGCUGAACGUGUGGAGAAACAGCGCCGUCUAUCGCUGGCACUGCUCGAUGAAACCUGCUAUACAUACUCGCAAGUGUUUCCUCGUCGAGGCAAAUGGCCGAAUUUACAACGUCUAUAUCUCGCCGGCCUGGCAAUACAUGGUCUUGACAUGACCUUUCUCCUAUUCAACCAGAUACCAGGAUUGCAGCGCCUCUGGCUGAACCACAUUAACCUCUUAGGUGGCAAAUGGGAAGGUGUUGUUGAGGCUAUGCGGAUUCGCGGGGCUUUCAUACCCUGGGACCUAUUGAGUCUUCAAGGGUCAUAUCGACACCUGGGUGGCCAAUGGUGGCCAGAUUCACCGGACACGGAGGAGGAACAACUAGCACUUGGAGCCUAUAUGAAUUACGCCACAGAAGGUGGGCGUCAUCCGAGCCUGCCAGCUGGUUUUCAGGAUUCGCUGUCAAUCAAUUACUUUAACGAGUUGUACUAUGUGGCAGGGUUAGAGCGUAUUCGAGCGUUACGGCUCCGCAUACAACAGCUGGAUGACCGGCGGACUUAG